AGGUCUCGUGAACGCGCACGGUCGGGGCUGCUGUUGCUAUGAUGCAAUGGCGACUGCGCCGUGGGAAGCGAGCGAGGAGUUGAAUGAGUUCUCCCCACAGUUGAAGUCAGGCAGCCGCGGACAGUCAGGACACCGUCAGUGCCCAGAGACAGGCACGGAGACAGCAGCAGCAGGGGCCCUGUCCUAACUACGCCACAUGGAAACACACAGCCAGGUGUGUCUGCUCGCCCCACAGCUCGCCGUGUCAUGACGCUUGGAGAGAUUUCUCACACAUCUGUACGACGUUGCAGCGACACCGGAGAAGCACCAACACCCUGUUUGCUCUCCUGAUCCGAAACCAAGUGAGGAGGAAGGGGUUGUUUUUAUUUCAUCUCUAGUCGCAUUGUCCUCUCCACCUGCGACUCAGUGGACCUAUUCGUGCUUCUUACUGGACCACCAUGGCUGAGAGAACCUCCAGCGGGUUGCUAACGAUGAUGUUGGAGCCCACGCCGGCUGUCGCUAUGACCCUGCCGGCGGAGGUCCGGGAGAAGCUGGCGGAGCUGGAGCUGGAGCUCUCAGAAGGGGACAUCACUCAGAAGGGCUAUGAGAAGAAAAGAGGCAAGCUGUUGGCACCGUACAUCCCACAGAUCCAAGGUGUAGAUCCCUCUUUGCAAAUUGACAAUAGGAUCCAGUCCUCCUCCCAAGCAGUUCUCCCAGGUUCCAAACACAACAAGUCCCGGGCAGCCAACACCCGCGAUGAACGCUUCAGAUCUGAUUUACACACAGAAGCCGUCCAAGCAGCUCUGGCAAAGUACAAAGAGAGGAAGAUGCCAAUGCCCUCCAAGAGAAGAUCUGUGUUAGUUCAGUCUUCUGUUGAGGCAUGCACCCCGCCAGACACCUCUUCAGCGUCAGAAGACGAAGGUUCGCUGCGCCGGCAGGGACGUCUGGCCACCUCAACGCCCUACCAGGGCCACGGCCACCCAGCCGUUGAGCACUGGUUUAACCGUGUCAUCCAGGGUUCGUCCACCUCAUCCUCCGCGUCAUCCACCUCAUCCCACCCGGGAGGGAGAUCUGUCACCACCACCACCACCACCAACACCACUGCCCACGCAGCCCUCAACGCCAACGCUGCAGCUACCGCACUGGCGGACCUUAUGGCACACACCCAGCUAGAUAACCACUCAGCGCCCCCCGAUGUGACGGGGCUGUCGGAGCGCUCCUCGCUUCAUGCCGAGCGGCCCCAGGUGGCCUCAGUGCGAGGCGUUUCCCGCAACCACCACACCAGCGUCAUGGAGACUGCAGAUGGUGUUCCAGUCAACAGUCGCGUCUCCUCCAAAAUCCAGCAGCUGCUCAACACCCUCAAGAGACCGAAGCGACCGCCGUUGCGAGAGUUCUUCGUUGACGACUUUGAGGAGCUUUUAGGAGUCCAGCAUCCAGAUCCCAACCAGCCAAAGCCAGAGGGGCAGCAAAUGAGUCCCCUUGAAGGAGAGCCCCUCGGGUUGGUCAACAAAUGGCCCCCGUCCUUACCAGCAGCCUUACAACGGUGGGGCACCACUCAGCCCAAGAGCCCAUGUCUGACUGCACUUGACAAUUCUGGAAAGCCUGUCUACACACUCACCUACGGUAAACUAUGGACCCGCAGUCAGAAGCUGGCUUACACUCUACUGAACAAGCUGAGCACCAGAAAUGAGCCUCUGCUCAUGCCUGGAGACCGAGUUGCACUCGUUUUCCCCAACAAUGACCCAGUGAUGUUCAUGGUAGCGUUCUACGGCUGUCUCCUGGCAGAGCUGGUACCUGUUCCUAUCGAAGUGCCGCUGACACGAAAGGAUGCAGGAAGUCAACAGAUUGGCUUUCUGCUGGGCAGCUGUGGCGUCACGUUGGCGCUAACCACAGACGCUUGUCAGAAAGGCUUGCCCAAAGCACAAACGGGAGAGGUAGCAACUUUCAAAGGAUGGCCGCGGUUACUGUGGUUCGUGACUGAUGGAAAACAUGUCGUAAAACCUCCAAAAGACUGGUAUCCCCCUAUUAGGGAAGCUAGUAAUGACAUAGCCUACAUAGAGUAUAAAACCAGCAAGGAAGGAAGCACCAUGGGGAUCACAGUGUCGCAUUCAGCCAUGCUGGCUCACUGUCAUGCUCUCACACAGGCUUGCGGCUACACUGAAGCUGAGACCAUAACCAACGUGCUGGACUUCAAGAGAGAAGCAGGAUUAUGGCACGGUGUUCUGACUAGUGUCAUGAAUCGGAUGCACGUGAUCAGCAUUCCUUACUCCCUGAUGAAAGUCAACCCCUUGUCCUGGAUACAGAAGGUUCACACAUACAAAGCACGGGUCGCUGUGGUGAAGUCGAGGGACAUGCACUGGUCCCUGCUGGCCCAGAGAGACCAGAGGGACAUCAGCCUGAGCUCGCUGCGCAUGCUGAUCGUCGCUGAUGGAGCGAACCCAUGGUCGAUAUCCUCCUGUGAUGCCUUCCUCAACGUGUUUCAGGCACGUGGGCUGCGACCUGAGGUGAUCUGCCCAUGUGCCAGCUCCUCAGAAGCCAUGACUGUCGCCAUCCGCAGGCCUCCUGAAAUGGGAGUUCCUCCACCGGGAAAGGCAGUGCUGUCUAUGGGUGGAUUGAGUCACAGUGUGAUCCGUGUGGACACGGAGGAGAAACUCUCUGUCCUGACGGUGCAAGACGUGGGACAGGUCAUGCCUGGAGCUUUGGUUUGCGUGGUGAGAGUGGAAGGGACCCCCUAUAUCUGUCAAACGGACGAGGUUGGAGAGAUCUGCGUGAGCUCAGGUAGCACGGGCGUAGCUUAUUACGGCCUCCCAGGCAUGACCAAGAACGUCUUUGAGACAAUCCCAGUGUUAUCAUCUGGCCUUCCCAUCAGUGACAGACCCUUUAGCAGGACUUCACUGCUGGGCUUUGUGGGCCCGGACAACCUCGUGUUUGUUGUGGGAAAGAUGGACGGGCUGAUGGUGGUCAGUGGACGCAGACACAAUGCUGAUGACGUGGUUGCCACAGCAUUGGCAGUGGAGCCCAUGAAGUUUGUCUACAGGGGGAGGAUAGCAGUGUUUUCGGUGUCUGUGCUGCAUGAUGAGAGGAUUGUUGUCGUGGCUGAGCAGAGGCCAGAUGCCUCUGAGGAGGACAGCUUCCAGUGGAUGAGCCGUGUCCUCCAGGCUAUAGACAGCAUCCACCAAGUCGGAGUGUACUGCCUGGCUCUGGUACCUGCCAAUACGCUUCCUAAGGCUCCCUUGGGGGGCAUCCAUAUAUCAGAGACAAAGCAGCGCUUCCUGGAGGGCGCCUUGCAUCCCUGCAACGUCCUCAUGUGCCCUCACACGUGUGUCACCAACCUGCCCAAACCAAGACAGAAACAACCAGAGGUCAGUCCUGCUUCUUUGAUAGUGGGGAACCUGGUGGCAGGAAAGAGGAUAGCACAGGCUUGUGGGAGAGAUGUGGCUCAACUGGAGGACAAUGAACAGUUCCUGUACAUACAAGAUGUGCUGCAAUGGAGAGCUCAGGCCACUCCAGACCACCCUCUCUUCCUUGUUCUCAAUGCUAAGGGCACAGUGGCUAGCACAGCUUCCUGCCUGCAACUGCACAAGCGGGCAGAGCGGGUGGCUGCAGCACUGAUGGGACGCCUCAACACUGGAGACCAUGUGGCUCUUGUUUACCCACCAGGAAUCGACCUGAUUGCCACCUUCUACGGCUGCCUGUAUGCUGGCUGCGUGCCUGUCACUGUCAGACCUCCGCACCCCCAGAACCUGGCAACAACCCUGCCGACUGUCAAGAUGAUCGUGGAGGUCAGUAAGUCAGUGUGUAUCCUGACCACUCAAGCAAUAAUGAAGCUGCUUAAAUCCAAAGAGGCAGCUGCUGCUGUGGACGUCAAGAGCUGGCCCAUGGUGCUGGACACAGAUGACCUUCCCAGGAAGAAGAGUCCCCAGAUGUACAAGCCCCCGACCCCAGAGAUGUUAGCGUAUCUGGACUUCAGUGUGUCUACAACAGGCAUCUUAGCGGGGGUCAAAAUGUCCCACGCUGCCACCAGUGCCUUGUGUCGCUCCAUCAAACUGCAGUGUGAGCUCUACCCAUCCAGGCAGAUCGCCAUCUGUCUGGAUCCAUACUGCGGCUUGGGCUUUGCUCUCUGGUGCCUGUGCAGUGUGUACUCGGGCCACCAGUCCAUCUUGGUUCCCCCUCUAGAACUGGAGAGCAAUGCGUCUCUGUGGCUGGCUGCUGUCAGCCAGUACAAAGUGCGCGUCACCUUCUGCUCUUAUUCGGUCAUGGAGAUGUGCACCAAGGGCCUGGGCUCACAGACUGAAGCACUGCGGCUGCGCAAUGUGAACCUGUCUUGUGUGCGAACAUGCAUGGUGGUAGCAGAGGAGAGGCCCCGCAUAGCGCUCACUCAGUCUUUCUCAAAGAUCUUUAAGGACUUGGGGCUUUCACCGCGGGCUGUCAGCACCACCUUCGGCUGCAGAGUGAAUGUAGCAAUAUGUUUGCAGGGCACAGCUGGACCAGAUCCCACCACUGUUUACGUGGACAUGAGAGCUCUACGACAUGACAGGGUUCGUCUGGUGGAGAGAGGGUCACCUCACAGUUUGCCUCUGAUGGAGUCGGGGAAGAUCCUUCCAGGAGUGAAGGUGAUCAUUGCAAACACAGAGACUAAAGGACCUUUGGGAGACUCGCAUCUAGGAGAGAUCUGGGUGAGCAGUCCUCACAAUGCCACAGGCUACUACACAGUUUACGGCGAGGAGGCUCUGCAUGCAGACCACUUCAACACCAAGCUCAGCUUCGGCGACACCCAGAGUGUCUGGGCGAGGACGGGAUACCUGGGCUUCCUGCGACGCACAGAGCUGACGGAUGCAAGUGGAGAGCGUCACGAUGCCCUCUAUGUGGUGGGCUCUCUUGAUGAGACUCUGGAGCUGAGGGGGAUGCGGUAUCAUCCUAUUGACAUCGAAACCUCUGUUAUUCGCUCACACAAGAGCAUAGCUGAAUGUGCUGUGUUCACUUGGACUAACCUCCUCGUGGUGGUGGUGGAGCUGGAGGGAUCUGAGCAGGAGGCCCUGGACUUGGUCGCCCUAGUCACCAACGUUGUGCUGGAGGAGCAUUACCUCAUUGUCGGGGUGGUGGUAGUGGUAGACCCCGGCGUCAUCCCUAUCAACUCCAGAGGGGAGAAGCAACGCAUGCACCUCAGAGACGGAUUCCUGGCUGACCAGCUGGACCCCAUUUAUGUGGCUUACAACAUGUGAGGGUCUUGUGUGCAGGAGUUCUUAAUCCCCUACAUGUGGCCUAUCACACAAGAAGACACUGCAGAGUGGUGAAUGUGGAGGCUUGUGGCUGGCCCCGGCAUCAGUAAGAGAAAUCAAGCUGGAAGGAAAUAUUAUUGCAGCAAGAAUGGAGAGAAACUCUCAAGGAGUGACAAAAACGUCAGGCCUGCUUCUCCCUGGGAUUUCUUGACUCUUCAAACAACAAAUCAAAGGGUGUCUUGUCUCUUUUGAGUGUUUUGUAUGUAUGGCAGAGCCUCUGACUCCAGGACACUGAUAUCAGACUAGCAGGUGGUUGAGUUAUAAAACUUCACUGUGCCAUUAACAGACUUUUUAUUUUGUCAAUAUCCAAAACUAUGAUGUGUUUUCCAUACGUGGGCCAUAGAACUGGCCCGAUACCAGUACCUUAAACCUGGUUUAAACAUGCUCUACCUUGUUUCCUGUUUGCAGAGCCUCCUGUGCCAUUGAGAGUUUCACACUCUUAAUGGAAAAGGUUUCUUCCUCGUACAGUUACAUCAACUCUGUAGGAGCUGCUCCCUCAGAUCAAGCUGCAGCCUGAAGUGAACCCUUAUCUUUGUGUUCAGACUCAGCUCAAAUCAUGCCAUUACAUCAACACAGAGGCACACAGCAGUGGCUAAGGAGGAGGGGCAGACUGUAUUUGUUGCUCAUUGUUUUACUGCUUUUGUUUGUAGUGUCAGUCAGUAACAGAAUACUCAGAAAUAACGUUGUGUUAUGACUCAAUCUUGUUCUUUUUCUAAAUCUUAAACGUGUAGGCUAGUUUUGAUUUCAUCCCAACAAAAUGCAAUAUGUGUGAUGUGAAAGAUGUUGCUACGAACGACAGUAAGUGCCGAUCAUUUGGAGUCAUGACACCGGGGGUGGCUUAUAAGCAAUGAGCCAAAUGAUAUGAAAUAAGCCUUAAGUGUUUUUUCAGAUGCCUGUUCCUAUCCCAGCACCUGUUUAACUUAAUUUUGUGAGGUGUAUCAGCUGUUGGAUAGGGUGGGAAUAUGCAGAGGGAGGUCAGAGUUGGUAAAUCCUUCUCUUAUUGCACCCAAAGUCUUGAUCUAAGAUGAAUAUACUUGAUCCUAUCAUCCAGCCAUUACAAACACACUUAUUUUUAAUAAUGUCUGUCCCUUUUGUCAAAAGUUUAAAUGUGUCUUUUAUAGCAUCAGACUGGAAGAAACUGUAGCUGAUAUGGUUUUAAAGCAGAAUGUCUCAUCUUCAUUUCCAGUGCCAUAAGAUUGAAUGAGAGUCGCAAAUAGUUUUAAGCUGCAUGUGUCGUAUGAGGCAAGAGCCUAAUAUGCUUGUAACACCACAACCUCCCACCUUUUCUCAAUGACAUUGUAAAGAUUGACUUCACUGUACGUCGCUUCUUUUUCUAUGUGCACACCCCUUCAGAAUCAGGCUCCGACCUGCUGUAAGUAUGUACAGAUUUUGUGUAAAUUAUUAAUAGAUAAAGGAGAUUACAGGAAUGCAAAGACUGAAUCUGGAAUAUAUUUGAACUUCUCCCUUACAAACAAAAAACUAUUUGAAUUCUGCCCUCAUGUGGACGUUGGAGAAGAGACAUAACAAGCCUUGAAAGCAUUUUUAUAGAAAGGAAGUACCGCAGGAAGUUACCACACCCAGGAUGAGACGAAGCACACUCCGAGUACAAGGAGAAGACAGUUUGACUCUGGUGACAUUGGAAGAUGUCACAUCCUCCAGAGCAAACUUUUGUUGUCAACAUAUUGGAGAGAUACAUUUGUCUGAUAUAUGGUUAGUUGUCAUUAUUUUCAUAACAUGAUUUCUUAAUGAAUAAAAAGUGCUUUUAACUUAAAA